GGAGAAAAGAAGCAAAAGGAAAAAGGAGACCAAUAAAAAGAAGUCAAAUUUGGUUGAAACCUCAAGGUUCUCUCUGUGUGUCCUACAGGGCUCCUCGGGCCAGGUCCCUCUCUGAUGGCUUUUAUGAAAAAAUAUCUCCUCCCCGUUCUGGGGAUCAUCUUGGCCUACUACUUCUAUUCUGCGAAUGAGGAAUUCAGACCAGAGAUGCUUCAAGGAAAGAAAGUGAUUGUCACGGGGGCCAGCAAGGGGAUCGGAAGAGAGAUGGCCUACCACCUGGCGAAGAUGGGAGCCCAUGUGGCAGUGACAGCGAGGUCAGAAGAAGGUCUAAAGAAGGUUGUGUCCCACUGCCUGGAGCUCGGAGCAGCCUCGGCACACUACGUUGCUGGCACCAUGGAGAACAUGACCUUCGCAGAGCAAUUCGUUGCCAAAGCUGGAAAGCUCAUGGGGGGACUCGACAUGCUGAUUCUCAACCACAUCACCAGCACUCCUGUGGAUCUAUUUAGUGAUGACAUCCAGCUCGUGCGUAGAAUCAUGGAAGUCAACUUCCUCAGUUACGUGGUCCUGAGCGUGGCCGCCUUGCCCAUGCUGAAGCAGAGCAAUGGGAGCAUUGUGGUCGUCUCCUCGAUGGCUGGGAAAAUAUCUAAUCCACUCAUUGCUGCCUAUUCUGCAAGCAAGUUUGCUCUGGAUGGGUUCUUCUCCUCCAUCAGGACAGAAUAUUCCGUGACCAAGGUCAAUGUGUCCAUCACUCUCUGUUUCCUCGGCCUCAUAAACACAGACACGGCCAUGGAGGCAGUGGCUGGGAUACUCGACGUAAAACACGCGUCUCCAAAGGAAGAAUGUGCCUUAGAGAUUAUCAAAGGGGGAGCUCUGCGCCAGGAGGAAGUGUAUUAUGACAGCUCAAUCUUGACCUCUCUCCUGCUGGGAAAUCCAGGGAGGAAGAUCCUGGAAUUCCUCUCCUUAAGAAGUUAUAAUAUGGAAAAAUUUAUUAACAACUAGGGACUUCCUUAGGGCUGAGCAUGAUAGCAGAGCUUGGGACAAUUCUGCCUGAGACUGAUCCGAGUUCCAUCACGAAGGCAUCUCCCCAGAGAGAUAAAUGAGUGUCCCCAGGGGCUUGCCAGUCACACAUCACAUCUCACAAUUUGACAGAGUUGCUCUAACACUUGUACAGUCGAAAUGUAAUUAUAAUGAAUGUCGUGAACCAGCAAUUGUGAAAUUGAAGGUAACCCUAAGUAUAAUUGCAAGGUAGCUACAUCAAAUUUACCUCACAUGUAAUAAUGGUUAUGAUGCUUAAUGUUAACUUAAUAAAGGUCGCAGACACUUUAUAAAUUCAUACCUGGUAGGUAGCUGUAACUUCAGUUCAUUCAGUAUGGUUCCAUUAAAACCAUAACCUAUA